AUGCUAUUUACUGCGUCCAACAAUGUCACUAUGAUUUCAUUGGCAUUAACCUGUUAUUACGCAUUUCUAUUUAAAUUGACCAACAGUGAAGAUGAUUUGUGUGUGGCAAGCGUUAUUGCUAAUCGCACAGAGCAGGAAAUGAAAGAUAUGAUUGACUCAUUUCUUAUCUCCGACGAAGAUGAAAACAAUGAUGAUGAUCUCAAACAUAUUCUGGUCACACCAAACAAAAUUGUUUAUAUUAUUUUCACAAGUGGAACAACUGGUACACCUAAAGCUGCUGUUAUUUCGCAUUCUAGUUUGAUCUAUUAUCUUCGAUCGUUCGUUGAGGUUGAUUCUCUGCGCACAAGUGAUAAGGGAGUACAAUUAUCAUCAUGUACAUGGGAUGUACAUAUUCAUGAAAUACUUGGCACUUUAUUUGUGGGUGGAUUAAUUGUGCUCUUAAGACCUGAACAAGACAAUCGUAAUAUGGAUUAUUUGGCUCGUGUUAUCGAAUCUCAUCAGGUUACCUGCUUUUGCAUUGUUUCCACAUUGCAAAUUUUGCUUUUUGAUAUCCUCGAAGUACAACAAGCUUUUCAUAGACUCAAUACUCUUCGACUAUUGUGGUCCGUAGGUGAACCAAUACCAUCAUAUUUGAUCGCUCGAAUUUUACCUUUAUUACCAGCUAGCUGUAAAUAUGUCAAUUUAGGUGGUCCUACAGAAGGGAACGUAGCCCAAACUUUUCACACAGGCACAGAAAAUGAUGCUCAUUCAUUAUCAGGUAGUGUUCCACUUGGCAGGUCAAUGUCGUACUUUAAGUUGCACAUUCUUGACAAAUUUCAUCAAUCUGUACCGGUGGUAUAUGCAGGUGAGCUUUAUAUUAGUGGAGCAAUUAUGAGUGGUUAUCUAAAUCGAUCCGAUCACAAUGCCAAGGCAUUGAUUCAACUAACAGGUGAAUCUGGCAAAAGUUAUAAAACAGGAGAUUUAGCUCGAUUCUUACCAUUGAGCGGUGAAGUUCAAUUGUUGGUUCGCGAAGAUUCUCAAACAAAAUUUAAUGGACAACGAGUAGAAUUGGAAGAAAUCGAAGCAGUCAUGUACCGGUCCAGUGCUGCUAUCUGCAACUGUGCUGUAAUUAAGAUGACUGAAAAUGGACGUGAUCAUCUGGUUGCCUGCAUACAACCAAGUACGACCGAUACAGCAGUAUUGUUCGAUGCAAAACAAGUUCGUGCUUUCUGUGAAAAGAACUUAUCACAAUGGAUGAUUCCAUCUCAUGUCAUUGUUGUGCAUCAAUUACCAAUAAAUUCUAAUGGAAAGUUAGACCGGGCACCACUUCCUAAACCUGCUUUGUCGUCACUGCCUGAAUGUUUUGAUCGCGGUGAUGAAUGUCGAGAAGGUGAGCCACCCAUGACAAUCGAACAGAAUCGUGUACACGAUAUCUGGUGUCACGUGCUAAAAAUUGAUGAUAAGAAAACGAUUCCUAUCAAUAGUUCCUUUUUCUCGAUGGGUAGCAACUCCUUGGCUAUGAUACAUCUCUAUUCAGAAUGUCAAAAGUCUUUUUAA